GCAGAGCUGCAGGAGAGGAGACGUCUCUCUGUUUCUCUCUGAAGACUAAUUCAACUGAAGACAAACACUGAUGGGGGUUCAUGACUAGAAGUGACUUAAAGAAGUAUACCAUCUUUGUAUUAAGGCCUGAGAUUUGGAGGAGGCAGGUGUCCAAAGCUGAGUGUGAGACAGUUUCAUAUGGGGGAAUGUCUGAUGGAGCUGUGAUGGUUGGAAUGGAGGGGCUGGAGACAGGAUCACCAGUCCAGACUGUAUGGGUGACAUUGCUCCCACUCCAGCUGCAGCCAAGAAGGGGGCUCAUCUGAAUCAAUUGGACACAUGGAUAUUAUUUAAGGCUGGAAGCUCUGUAGUAUAAACAGAAAUCAGGAAGAGCGAAACCAACAUGUUGUGGUUCCCAGAGGUUGUAGAGAUGUCUGCUGCCAGCUGUCUGCUGACUGAAGAUCAGUUCCUGUGCUCCAUCUGUCUGGAUGUCUUCACUGAUCCUGUUGCCUUAUCAUGUGGACACAACUUCUGUCAAAACUGCAUCACUGAACACUGGGAUAGUAAUGUCUCCUGUCAUUGUCCCAACUGUAAAGAGAUGUUCUCCACCAGACCACAGCUGAAGAUCAACACCUUCAUCAAGGAGAUGGCUGCUCAGUUCAGACAGUCAGCUCAGCAGAAAUCCAGCAGCAGCAGCUCAGAGAGACAAGUUUCCAAACCAGGAGAAGUUCCCUGUGACGUCUGCACUGGAACCAAAGUGAAGGCCCUGAAGUCCUGCCUGGUGUGUCUGGUCUCUUACUGUGAGACUCACCUGGAGCCUCAUCAAACUGUGCCACGCCUGCAAAGACAUCAGCUGAUGGACCCUGUGGAGAACCUGGAAGAAAGGAUGUGCAUAAAGCAUGACAAACUGCUUGAAAUGUUCUGCAGGAACGACCAGAGGUGUGUCUGCAUGAUGUGCACCAUUCUAGGCCAUAAGACUCAUGAUGUUGUUCCUCUGAAAGAAGAAUGUGAAGGAAAGAAGGCCAAGCUGGGGAAGAGAGAGGCUGAAAUUCAGCAGAUGAUCCAGAAGAGACGAGUGAAGAUUGAAGAGCUCAAACACUCAGUGGAGCUCAGUGAUGAGAACGCAGACAGAGAGAUAGCAGAAGGUGUUGGAGUCUUCAAUGCACUGAUGGAGACAGCUGAGAGGAAGCUAAAUCUGCUCAUUAACAGCAUCAAAGAGAAGCAGAGAGAGAUGGAGAAACAGGCUGAAGGCUUCAUCAGAGAGCUGGAACAGGAAAUCUCUGAGCUGGAGAAGAGACGUGCUGAGGUGGAGCAGCUCUCACGCUCUGAAGACCACCUCCAACUCCUCCAGAACUUCACGUCUCUGAACGCUGCUCCACCCACCAAGGACUGGACUGAAGUCAGAGUCCAUCCACCUUCAUAUGAGGGGACUGUGGUGAGAGCUGUGAAGCAGCUGGAGGAGACCAUCAGUGAACAGAUGAAGAAGCUGUUUGAGGCCGAGCUGAAGAGAGUCCAGCAGUAUGAGGUGGAUGUGACACUAGAUCCUGAUACAGCGAGUCCCUGGCUGAUCCUGUCUGAUGAUGGGAAACAAGUUUAUGAUAGUGAUGUGAGGAAAGAUCUCCCAGAAAAUCCAGGGAGAUUUGAUUGGUGUAACAAUGUCUUUUCCAAGCAGAGUUUCUCUUCAGGCAGAUUUUACUACGAGGUUCAGGUUAAAGGGAAGACUGACUGGGAUUUAGGAGUGGCCAGAGAGUCGAUCAAAAGGAAGGGAAAAAUCAAACUGUCUCCUCAGAACGGUUUCUGGACGAUAUGGUUGAGGAAUGAAAAUGAGUACGAAGCUUGUGCUGACCCAUCAGUCCAUCUCUCUCUGCAGUCUGGUCCUGAGAAGGUGGGGGCGUUUGUGGAUUAUGAGGAGGGUCUGGUCUCCUUUUAUGACGUUGAUGCUGCAGCUCUGAUCUACUCCUUUACUGGCUGCUCCUUCACUGAGAAAAUCUACCCAAUAUUUAAUCCUGGUUUUACCUCUGUUCCUCUGAUUAUCUCUCCUGUCAGUCACAACAAGUAGAAAGAUGCUAGUAUUACUAAACACAUAUUACCAUCACCAUCACUUUAUCUAAUGAUGUACAUUUUUGAUUACUGACAACCAAACAUUGUUGGGUCCUUGGGUCCAGAGUCUAACAUUGGUAUAUCACAUUAUUUCUUCUCAACCAAGUCUACCCAGUUUUCCUGCAUUCAAUAUAAUCCAUUCUGAUAACUGUUUUAGUGCCUUUCUGUCUGUUAAAUCCUCCAAAAACCAUGUACUCAGAAACAAACAGCAUGAACACAGAUCUGAAAUGUCUGUCUGCUGAAUGUCAAACAUUUUGAUUCUUUGAUGGAUGUAAAUAUGUCAAGUGUUUCAUACUGGCACCAAUAACUGAAGAUCAGUCUGUAAAUGAGACAACCUGACUGCUAUGUUUGACAUUGUAAAUAAAGGAGAUAAUCAAC